CUCAAAAGUAUUUUCACCCUCUACUCUUCAACUUCUCUAGGAAGAAUUGUUGCAGAGUUCUCUUGCUAUGGCAUCUCGAUUUCUGGGUUUUUUUCUGUUCGUAUUUGCCGUUGCAAUUUCGCCUGUAACGUGCACCAUAGAAGCGGACGCUCUUUCUGCUUUGAAAAAAGCCUUGGUUGACCCAAACGGUAUACUUGAAAGUUGGGACGAAAGGUUUACUGAUCCUUGCACCUGGUUUCACGUUGUAUGCAGUCGUGAUAACAAAGUCAUAAAGCUGGAUCUUGGUGAUUAUGGACUCGGGGGCUCUCUUGUCCCUGAACUUGGAUUAUUGGGAGAUCUUGAAAGUCUAGAGAUGUUUCAGAAUAACAUCACUGGACCGAUUCCAAUCGAGCUUGGAAAUUUAUCAAAAUUGAUCAGCUUGGAACUGUACGAAAAUAAACUCAAUGGUACAAUUCCAGAUUCGUUUGGCAAGUUGAAAGCUUUACGAUUCAUGAGAUUGAACAAUAAUCAGUUAACAGGCAAAGUACCAGAAAGUGUCAAAGCCCUGGAAAAGGGAAAUUUGAUGAUCCUGGACGUUACAAAUAAUCCUUUAUCAGAUUAAUGAUUCAAUUGGUUUAGGGGACCUUGGAGCUCAAAUGUCAGAAGUAAAAUUAUAGUCGUGUCACUUCAAAAUAAUAAAAUUAUUAUUGUAU